UACCUUGGCGUCCAACCUCCUCCGAAGCUCAUUUUCAACAUCGUCCCCCAGCACUAUCACUAUAGCUCUAAACUGACUCUGGAAGGCCUUCAAUUUACAUCCACCGAGACGUGUAGAUAUCUGCCUAUCAAUUGAGUCAAUUCUUGACGUUGUUCAUAAUGGUUCUGCCUCGCCCAGCUGCUUUCCGAGCUCUCUUUCGACCGCAAACCGCGCGAGCAACUCGCACGGGCGCCACUGCCCAGCAAUGGCAACGAGUGAGCCGCAGAGGUUAUGCGAACAGCUCCGCCCACAAGGCUACUUCAGGCAGUGACUUGCCUUGGGCUGUGGGUGCUAUUGUUGUUACGGUUCCCUCCGUUGGAUGGCUCCUGAAGCCAGGCAAAGAGGAUCACGGUCAUGACACCCAUGAGAAGCAUGAAGAGAAGAAGGAGCCCGAGCCUGAACCCGAGCCCGAGCCUGAGCCCGCCAAAGAAGAGCCCAAGGCCGAGGAAAAAGGAUCUGACAGCGAGGAGAGCCAGAAGCAAGAUACGCCUGACAGCUCUGAUGCGGAGUCUACUGCUGGAAAAGACGAAACAUCUGGACCUACACAGGCCGGCAACAAAGAGAAGCAGACCACCGAUGCCAAGGAUGGCGUCAAGGUACGGAAGGAGAGCGAGCUUGGAAAACCUCAAGGCGCUGGUGACUCCGUCAGCGAGGAAGAGGGCACUACUAAAGACAAGGCAUCUCCUUCCAAAACUCCUUUGAAAGACGAGACUUCUGGGAAGCAGGCCGGCGUUUCCAACACUGACACCAAGCACUCGACCAAUGUUGGUGAGGAUCCGGAGAAGAGCAAGAAAGCUCCCGGAGUGCCCGAGACUGCCAAGCACCAGGGAACUGUUGGUAGCGAGUAAAAGUAUUCUGAACUUUCCGUUUAGUUGAAAAUCAAGCUGCUUCCAGAUGGUUCAGCGCGCAGUAAAGCACCAAAGCCAGCUAAGUCUCGUUGGAAGAGCAUAGCUUGUCCUUAGACUAGGGGUGAAGGAGACGUUUUCAGAGCCAGCAUGUAGUAUAGUCGUACAAUUUUACACAACGAGAGAUGAGGAUACAUACGUGGAGAUACCACACAUUAUUUUUCUGUUCUGAUAUGUGGAAGGAAAAUGGUUCCUCCACAGAACAUGUUGGCCCACACAUGCCAGGUCAAUUGUGCGAUUGGUCUUGUAGAGAUUAUGGUUACAGAGGUACAUCAAGCCUCAUUUGGAUACUUGCUACGCAGAAUAUACCUUAAGUGACAUGAAUUUUCUUCUGGGACUUGAGGGAAAUCAUGCGCUACUGUUCGCCUAGUGCAGGAUAUCCAUGGGAUUGGGAAUGUACGUGCUCGGG